UUUACAAAUCCAUCACUAAAGCGAAAAAAUAAGAACUAAUGCAGACGACAUGUUUCUGACACGCUAACCUUGAAAAAAAUAUUGAAUAAUCUUUCUAUAUAAUUCUGACAAGUUUGUCAAUCACCCUCAUCACCAUGUCUUUUCUUGUAGAUCUUGUAAUCAUGUGCAUUUCGCAGGUGAUAUUUUUCGGUGGUGGAUGGUUAUUCUUUUUGAAGCACUUAUUUCGAGAUUAUGAGGUUCACCAUUCUGUUGUUUUGUUAGUAUUUUCUGUAACAUUUGCUCUGUCAUGUACAAUGUUUGAGCUGAUUAUAUUUGAAAUUUUGGGCUUUCUUGAUGCUAGUUCCCGUUUAUUUCAUUGGAAAGUUGGAUUGUUUUCAAUAUUGUUCACAUUAAUAGCAGUCUUACCAUUUUAUAUAGCAUAUUAUAUAUUGGGUAAUAUCAAGAUUGUGCCACAGAAACCCCAUGUCAGAACAUUAUGUACAUUUGGAGCUUGGCUAGCAUUUCUUUAUUUAUUCUGGAAAUUGGGUGAUCCUUUUCCCAUACUUAGUCCAAAACAUGGUAUAUUUUCAAUAGAACAGUGUAUAGGACGUGUUGGUGUAGUAGGUGUUACUAUUAUGGCUCUACUCUCAGGAUUUGGUGCUGUUAAUUGUCCCUAUACUUAUAUGCAUUAUUUUGUUAGGCAUGUAACAGACGCUGAUAUACAAAGUAUAGAAAAAAGAUUAUUACAAUCUCUAGAUAUGAUUAUAAUGAAGAAAAAGAGAAUAGCUAUAGCUAAAAGAGAAAAUCUAAGAAAGGCUAGUAUGUCAACAGGAUCUGGAGGGUUGUGGGGAAUGUUAAAAAAUGUUACUUCUGGUAGCGGACAAGAGAAUAUUGGUCCAUUACAACAAGAUGCUAAUGCUUUAGAAGAAUUAAGUCGUCAGUUAUUUUUAGAAACAGUUGAUUUAAACGAUGCAGUGGAGAGAAUCAACUAUUCCAAAACUUUUAAAGGAAGAUAUUUCAACUUUUUGGGUUAUUUUUUCUCCAUUUAUUGUGUGUGGAAAAUAUUCAUGGCCACUAUAAAUAUAAUAUUUGAUAGAGUGGGUAAAGUUGAUCCUGUAACUAGAGGUAUUGAAAUAGCUGUGAAUUAUUUCUCUAUACAAUUUGAUGUGAAGUUUUGGUCUCAACAAAUAUCAUUUUUAUUAGUGGGUAUAAUCAUCAUUACCUCAAUAAGAGGUUUACUUAUCACUUUAACAAAGUUUUUCUAUGCAAUAGCCAGUAGUAAAUCAUCUAAUGUUAUAGUCUUAUGUUUAGCUCAAGUUAUGGGAAUGUAUUUUGUAUCUAUGAUAUUAUUAAUGAGGAUGAAUAUGCCACUGGAAUACAGAUCUAUAAUAACACAAGUAUUAGGAGAUUUACAGUUUAAUUUUUAUCAUAGAUGGUUUGAUGUGAUAUUUCUAGUCAGUGCAUUAUCUAGUAUCUGUUUUUUAUACAUAGCUCAUAAACAAUCUCCAGAAAAAAACUUAUAUUGAUGUACUCAUAACUUAUGCUAUUUUAAGUUUGAUUAGGGAUGGGCAAUAUACCGGUAUCACCUUAUAUACCAGUAAAGGAAUUUAUAUCGUUGGAUUGAAAACUAGCGAAAUAUUGUCAUAUUGUGAUAUAUGGUAGUUAUCAUGAUAUAUCAUCAAAUUUUCCUCUAGAUAAGAUCAUCUACACAAUUUUAACAAGUAACUUAAUAUUUGAAACAGAUGAAUUGAUUUUUUUAAAGAUAUUUAUUGUGUUUUGUUACAUUUAAAAUUUUAAGAGAAUUAAAAAAAAACCAUUUUGUUUCAAAAACCUGUAAAAAUCAUACUUAUUAAAUAUCGUGAUAGAUAUACCCAUAUCGUGAUAUAUCCAUGCUUUAUAUUGUGAUAUCCACUUGAUCCAAUAUCGCCCAGCCCUUUUUUUGUGGCGUAUAGGUGUAUUUAAUGCAUCUAGGUUAUUGAAAUGGAGGUGCAUCAGCGCUUGUAAAGUGGCGUGCAAGGAAUUUGAAAAGACAACUUAUUUGAAAAAAGAAAAAAAAGUAAAAUGGUGUAAAAUAAGAAAGUGAACCAAUGAGCCAAUGUAUUUUACAGGCAUAAAUAAAUAAAAUAAUAAUG